AUGGAGUCGUAUAUCCGUGAGAGCAAGAAGCUGACCUUCAAAGGCAGCAAGGGAAAGAAGUUACUUCGCUACGUAGACAUUUGCCUGAACAACAAAGCCCUGCACGACAGUCACAUAGUCGAAUUGGUGAAAAUUUUAAAAAAGUACAUAAAGGUGGUCUACAACAAUUACUACUGUCUGAAUAUAGACCUGAGUGAGAACUACAUCACCUGCACGGGGUUAAAGACGCUACUGAAGUUCAUCCUAAGUUACAGUGAAAACGUGGGGGUGCACAUAUUAAAGCUUUACAAAAAUAACAUAAAGGACGAUGGGGUGUCACUGAUAAAGCAGCUGGUUUAUGUUCAGAAAAUUCCCAUGGAAGAAUUACAUCUGUCACACAACUUCGUCCAAGAUAACACAUGCAAGGAGUUGCUACUGAGCUUCGUCCAGGCUAAGAAGGAAAACAAUUACGUGUACCCCAGGUACGAAAAGUAUCAGAAUUCGUACAAGCAUCUACAAAUACCCGUGUGGAUCAGGUUAGAAUACAACUGCAUUCAGAACCCGAAGGAGAUAUUGAAAGAAGUGGAGGAGUUUGCCAAGAAGAAGAGAGGAUACAAGAGCAACCUAAUCAUCUGCGCUGCCUUAAAAAGUGACAAGCGUUGUUGCCCGUAUAAGUGUUUAAAUGCCACUGCGAGGAACACGCCAAUCAUGCAUGUGUAUAUGUUCAUUCACCAGAAGGACAAUCCGAGUCAGGCCAUUUCUGCCAAUGGGAAAGUCAUAAAGGAGGAGAAGAAGAGGGAGUUAUCUACCCCGUCGGAGGUUACCGAUGCGGGUAAACAUAGCAGUGGCAACGUGGAGCAGAAAGGUGGUGCUAAUGAAGAGGAGGAGGAUCAGGAGGUGGGAUUGCCCUCCAAGGGGGAUGCAAAUGGGGAGAUGCAGAGUGGUGGCACGAAAAGUACCGUCAAAGGUCUCUCCAAGGGUGUUUCUAAAAGUGCAGCGAAGGGUGGGUUGGCCAAGGCAGGGGAUACCGUAGCGGGCAGCACGGAGAAUACAGCUAAGUCGAAAGGUAGGAAUGACAAGACGAGUGUUGUUAGGAAGAGAUCUGGCAACUCGGGGAAGCGCCAUAUUAAGGGAAGCCUUCUCCAUGAUGUCAGUGCUGAUGAGGAGGACGACGAUGACAACUAUGACGAGGAAACUGAAGAAGAAUUAGACGAUGAGGUGGAAGAGGAAGAGGAGGAUGAUGAAGAUGGGGAUGACUCCUCUGAGGAAGAAACAGAAAGUGAUGAUGACGAUACUGAUCAUGAUAGUGAUGACGAUGAUUACGACUACGCACGGAAAAAGGUUUUGAAAACGGGGGCUAAAAAAGGCCAGAAAGGAAAGGAGAAAAACGGCCAGCUGUCAGACGCUGCCGUUCUUUAUGCGAAAAAAAAUGGAACCAUAGCGGGCAUGCAGAAGGACGGUCGGGAUGAGGAGGAUGAUGACAACGAUGACGAAGGGGAGGAUGAAUCCUCCAACGUGACCGACCCAACCCCGAAGAAGGAAGAAAAGAAGAAGAAAAAGAAAAAAAAAAAGAAAAAGGAAAAAACGGCUGUGAGUCCACUCGAGGGGGGACACGAGCAGCAGAAGGAGAAUGACAAUGACAAUGGUGGUGGCGAUGUCGAUGAUGAUGAUGACACAUUCAGAAUGAAGAGGGGUCAACUAGGUUCCAUGGGUGACCCCCUUGGGCUGAACAAUUGUGGUGAAGAAGACGAUAUGACCCCUGAAUUUACCCCCCAGCAGAACGACCACAUGAAUUUUAUGAACGACACUGUUAGUAGCCUCCCCCUGUAUAUCAUCCUAGACUGCACCGCCGUGUUAGACAUGAAGGAGCUGUGGAAGGACAACUCCUUUCUUCCCUUCAGCUUCCCCGGAUUGCUUUACCUAUACAAUAAUAAACUGUUAAGGAGUAACGCGGACAGAGCGAAGGGGGUCAACAACGGAGCAACCUCUUCGGAGGACAUGCAGAAUGACGCCUUCAUCUGCCUCAUGUGCAGCUACGUAGCAAAUGAACUGAAACUGGUCUGCCAGAAGAGUGAAAUAAUUAGACAGAAAAUGGUUAACCUGAAGUUGAACAUUUGGGACAAAUUAUCUGAACUUGGCGUUAUUGAAUUUUUAAGCGUUCCAAAAGAUUUUAAAGAAAAAAAAAAAAACUUUUUGAAUUCGUCCUUUUUGACAGAAGCACAGAUAAAGCUAGCCAAUGAGUACUACGACAUCUCACAGGAGACGUUACAAAUGAUUCAGUUCUCCAUUUUGUGGUCCACUUAUAUUUACAAAAUUGGGAAUAGGGAAAUAAUUAUAAAAAAUGAUGCUAAGGAGAUCAACAAGGGGGAUGUAAAAAAGAGUAGAAAGACUAUUUUCACGGAGGUGCUCUAUCUGACGUCGUCGCCCAACAUUUAUUCCUUCUUUGAAUACCUCUACGGGGAGGACAUGAAUAUGAUACUACCCCUGUGCGUAACAGUAAAUCAGAUUAACAAAUACAUUCACGAUGAAUAUAGCUAUGUUGUUGAGUUGUUAUCCAGCGGGAGGGCAGUAGAGGACAAAUCUGGCAAGUUCCUCCUCGAUAAGGCAUUUUUCAAGACGUUCAUAAGGGAUAAAUACGCAAGGUAUCUGCCAGAGGGGGAGGACAUUGCAACGGGCACAACUGGUGGGAAGACAAAGAAGAAGAAGGGCGCCACGCCCAACCGUGCAAACAGAAACGACAAAUUAUCCCCAGGGGGGAAAAGAAGUGAUAACGAGUGCAUUAAAACAAAUGUGGGCAUUGGUGGUGACCCCCUCAACAGCAAUGCAUAUGACUACUAUGAUAUAACGUCGGUGAAGUCCUUCUCGAAUGAAAACAUUAGUAAGUUGUGCCAGUUGGAGGGUCAACUGGAGGGCCAAUUGGACGGAAGCAUUCAAGGAGGGCCACUCGGGGUAGUAGGAAUAAACGGAGCCAACAAAGGUGUUAAAAGUAACAUGGGUGGAAGGACCAGUGGGGAAGACACCCCCAAAGGAGGGGCGGAAAAAGGUAACACAGUGGCUGCUAUGUAUGCAUCUGGAAUGGAUCCAAACAGCGUUGCGAAUAAUUUGGGGAUGAUGAUGAUGACACAGGCAGGAGAUUCAGAGAAGGACAACCCAACGAUGGGGACCCCACAAGGAGGGAAGGAGAACAAAAGGAGUCUAUACAGCAUGCUGGUGAAUGCCUUUAAUGGAAAGAAAAAGGGUGCACAAAAGGGUGCCGAAGGAAUCAACGGUACAGACAAGACGGGUAGCAACAUUUUUACGGGUGCCGGUACGAGUCAGAGCCAAACCGUUAGGGACAACGUGGACCUGCUCAACAGUCAUAGUCAUGCUAGCGUGUCAGCCGAUUCGCAGGAAGUGCAUGUCGAAGGGAGAAGAAGAGAGAACAACCAGAAUGAUGGAAACAGCACAAAUAAUGCAGCCACCCGAACACAACAGAACAUGCAUAAUAGUAAAGGGAAGAACACUAGCACUGAUCUGAUUGACCAACUGAUGCAUGGCGGUAGUGCAACUGCGGCAGUAACGAAUGGUAGUGUGGCCGGUCAACAGGUGAACAUCCCUGCGGAUGGCAAAGCAGCCUACAUUAAUAGUAAUAAUAAUAGCGGGUCGAGCGUACCCCCUGCACAUUCCACCAUAAGGGGAAACAGCGGAAAUGCCGUAGGAGCAGGAUUAGGAGGUGUGAACUUCCCCAUUAACGCUGCAGAAAUGGGUACCUUACCAAAUAUCACAACGCAGGGGAAUGCAAAGGAAUCAGAGAGAAACGCCGUGGAGAAGAGAAUCGGUUCAGAUUUACUAAACGUUAACGAUGUCGAACUGAACAACUUUAUUGGAAGCGUCCCCAAAAGCUUCAAUGAUAGUCUAAGCAUGUAUCUGGACAGUAGUAACCGAAACGACAACUGCUACGAUAGCAUUAUGAGAGGGGAGAACAUGACGCCCUUCUUUAAUCAGAACCUGCUAAAGGAGGAAGCGGCACACAUCCGAACGGAGGAACACACCAAGUUGAACGAGAUAAAAAACGUCUUCGAUCUGUAUAAGGUGGACAUCCUGAAUACGUCCCUCCUUCUGGAGGAGAUGAUUCUUAACGAGAACGUCUGUAAAUAUAUUCCGUCGGAGCUUUACAACAAAAUUCUAAGGUGCUAUGAGAGGCUGGAUUGCCUGUUGGCGGGCCUCAACCGGGUGGGCAACGUAAGCGCAAUGGGUGGUAUAAGCCCCAUGGAUGGAAUGGGUGGCAUGAGUGGCAUGAACCAAGAUAUUUUAUCUGAAGACUUUAAGAGUUAUUGGGAUUAUGCUUUUUCGAAAAAUGAAUCCAACCCGCUGUCCGUAUCUGCGAAAGAUCUGAUGACAAGCAGCGGUGCGAAGGUGAAUCUAAAUGGGGGCGCUCCACCUGUGCAGGAGGAUUUUAUCGAUGGGGGGAGGAAUAUCAACGGCAACAAGAACGGCAACGUUUCCAGCACAAUGUUUUACAACACGAUGAAUGGAAACCGAGGAAGCAGCAGCGCGAUGAAAAGCAGCAUGCUAAAUGCCAGCAGUCAUAGUGCAAAUGCGGGGAUGGGCGGCGGUAGUGGCCCCAUUUUGGCUAGCCACCUGAAUGGUCAGAACAAUGGUGCGGUAACGCAGAAGAAGUCCAGGAAGAAACCCUCCAUGAAUAUGAAUAUGAGUAUGGGGAAUGGUAACAACGUGGAUCUGGGGAUCAGCUCGAUAAAGAACAACUCAGUGCAGAAGAAGUAUGUGAGUGGGUUAAGUGACGGACUGGACAACACAAGUUUCAUGAAUAACUCCCCUGGUGGUAAUGUAAGCGGAAGCAGGAAUACCCACAUGGGCGGAAACGCCAACUACAACCUGGGCCAGGGCAUGCCCCCCAACCGAAACAGCAGCGGAAACCAGGUGGGCGCGAGGAACAACGGUACCGGUUCUAACAACGCCAAAUCGAAGGACAUGAAGAACUACAACGCGAUCCCCAAGGAGAGAAAUUUAAAAAGUAUAGACAUGGAUGAUUACAAGAACGUGAACAAGAUGCUAGCGCUUGGUGGGAAUGCGCAAAAUGUGAAAAUGAAUGGGGAAAGAAGCCCCUAUGACCACCAUGUAGGAGGAAGCGGUGGUAAUACAGACACGGAGCACCGGGAACACUUCCCCCAUAAAAUAAACCCCUACAACGAUGGUAGUGGCAACGGCGCAUGUGACUCGAACUUGCUCGCCCUGAUCAACAUGAAAAAGAAUAUGAAAAAUGGGGUGAACAGCAACGUGGGGCAGAAAACAGGGACCAACAACGGUCCUGGCAACGAAUUAAAUGGGCUUCGGAACAGCAGUUAUAAAAAGAUGCUCAACAAUGAGACGAUUGGUCUUUUAAACAAUCCAGGAAGCAAGAACGCCGUCAAUGAAAUGAACCUGAAAUAUCUGGAAGUGCUCAACAGCCAAUUUAACUUUUCCUCACGAGAGAAUAGGAAAAACGACUGCGACCCGAACGCGCUGAACAGCAGCAUGAUGAAUUUUCAAAACGACAUGGACAAAAAGUACAAAAACCCCUUAGUGGAUUUAUGCGACAAGGGAAACGUGAAAAAGUUGUAA